UCUCUUCUUUUCUGAAUCCUCGUGUCACAAUGAAAGCGAGUGGUCAGUUGAAACAGUACAAAGUUGUUGGGCGGCAUCUCCCAACACCAAAGCUGCCAAACCCACCGGUUUAUCGGAUGAACAUCUUUGCUCCUGAUGAGGUGACAGCUAAGUCUCGGUUCUGGUAUUUUAUGGCAAAGCUGAAGAAAGUCAAAAAAAGUAAUGGGGAGAUUGUUGAUAUCAGUGAGAGGUUUGACAAGACCCCCUUAAAGAUAAAGAACUUUGGCAUAUGGUUACGAUAUGACUCUCGAAGUGGCUCCCAUAACAUGUACCGUGAAUAUCGGGCCAUGACUGUCACAGAGGCUGUAACAUUGUGCUAUCGUGAUAUGGCUGCAAGGCAUCGUGCUCGUGCCACUGUAAUACAAAUUUUGAAAGUUGAAGUUAUCCCAGCAUCAAAGUGUCGUAGACCUCACAUGAAACAACUCUUUAACUCAAAGAUCCGUUUUCCCCUGCCUCAUCGGAUUGUGAAAUCUCAGUUCAAAUCGAAAUUUGUUGCUAAACGACCAAAUACAUUCUACUAAAUUGUGAAGUAGACAUGAAAUAAAAUGUUAUGAAAAACA